UCUGUAUGAGACGGUCUCUUGCUGUGCAAUUUAUAUUUUGAGGCCUCUGAUGUUGAUUUAUUGCGCACCAUUUUUAGAGAAAAUGGCAGAUGUGGCUCUCGUCUCUGAAUAUGUAAUUUUUAUGAUAGUUUAUUGUUCAGUUAUUUUCAGUCGUGCUUUUGAAAUGUCUCAAAUAGAACCGGAUGGGAACCAUGUAUAUAUUAGAAGAUUUAAUUUCUGGGCAGUGUUUGUGUUUGGAUUUAUUAUUCCAUUCUUUGUCAUCUACAUUGUUUACAUAUUGACUAAGGUGAAGAGGAAUCCAUGCCGCAGAGAGACGUGUAAAUGCUUAUGGGAUAAAGUUGCAGAUGUAGCUAUUUUCAGCUAUUUCGUUCUGCCUUUCUUACAAUUCAUCCUUACGUCCUUCACUUUCGGAAACUACGGAGACAAUUUUCAGUUCGUAUUGUUCCUAGUUUUCUAUUUUCCGUCAUUUUCCUGUCUGCGUGGCCUAAACAGACAGAAAAGCUGUUCAAAUUUACUCGCUAAUAUCUUAUGGAUAAUCUACAUGUUUAUAAUAGCUGUUUUGGUGGUCUAUUUUUGCGUAACAGUGCUGAUGAGGGAUCGAGAUUGGAAAGGAUGGCUCUGUAUGAUUAUAUUUCACAAAAUACUGUGGAUGAGCACAAUCUACAUUGACGUGAAUAAAGAUCUGGAUCUGACCCUCAGCGUGAAGAAAGUAUUUCAUGUGUUUGGAUCAGUAGUUGUGGUUUUGCUGAGCGCUGUUACACUGAUGACUGAACUAAUAGUGAAUGCAGUUAACGGAGAACGUGCAGUGGGAGAUCUGAGAGUCGUUGUAUUUUCAUCUGAAAGCAUCUUCACGUUUUUUCUGCUGAUUUUCAUCAUGUUUGGACCUUGGUUUUCUAACCUGAAGUGUUUGCAGUGCUGUCAGAACGCCAGUAAAACUCUAGACGAUGAAUCGGUUCAGAGAAAAGUGGAAUCACAUGAAAUCAAUUCUCUCCUAAAGAAUGGAGAUCCGGAGGCUGGUAGAAGUGAUGUUACAGAAGAAACUCAGCCACAAACAUAAUCAACAAUGAGAGAAAAAGAGUUAAUGCCGGUACCUACAGGUAUACUGUAUGCUUCAUGUAACCAUGUGCCAAAUUGAAGAAUUCAAUACAAAAGAUCAAUUUACCAUAGGGUAAACUUAAAAAGCUAUUCCGCUGUGGAAGAAAAUUAAGUUAUGUGAGGUGUAAUAAUAUACAGUCUAAUAAUAUCACACCUGAUAAGUGGCUAGAAUGUAAAAAAAAGUCUAAAUGUAAUAUAAAUGCUGAUUUUGAAAGUUUGUCACAGUUUAUGUGAAUAACCGUGAAGUUGCAUUAUGUAAUGAAGUUGAAAUUUUAGAUAAUAGUAAAGCUAUUAUGUCUAUGAGAAAGUCCCCUGGACCGGAUGGUAUUAUUAUUGAGAUGCUGAAAGGAAUUCAGCUAUAAAUUGAACUGGAGAUUAGUUUCUUAUGUGGAAGUAAAUAACAAGCAAGAUAUAGGUCAGGUUCUUCUACAAUAGGGGAUGUUUUUAUUUUACAGUUGCAGUUCAGAAAUAUUUUUUACAAAUCAAAAGGAAGGAUGUAUUAUAUAUUUAUUGAUUUCUCUAAAGCUUUUGACCGUGUUUGGCAAAAUCUUUUGUAUUUCACUCUCAUUGAGAAAGGCAUUGUUGGAAAGGUUUUCAGUGAAUUGAGAUCUAUCUAAAUCCAGUUUCGUUUAUUCUUUUCUUAAACACAUAUAUAAAACUAUUUUGAAGAAGGUAUUCAAAUUGAAUGUAUCACAUAAGUACAGAUCUUGUUAUAUGCUGGUGAUAUGGCUAAUUGUACAUGUUGCAAUACGACAUUAAAGAUUUGAACUUAAAAAAA